AUGAUACUGAAAGAAAAGAAAACAAAUCUUUGCUUAUCUGCAGAUUUACCUAGUCUUGAUGAAAUUAUCGAAUUAUCGAAACAAAUUGGACCGAAUAUCUGUAUGUUAAAGAUUCAUUGUGAUAUCCUCAAUGACUUUUCCAUGGAGAAAAUCCUACAACUAAAAGAGAUUUCUCGAAAAUUUAACUUUCUUCUGCUCGAAGAUCGAAAAUUUGCUGAUAUUGGUAAUACAGUCAAAUCUCAAUAUACAAAAGGGCUUUUUCAAAUUUCUCAAUGGGCAGAUCUUGUCACGGUUCAUAUUUUACCUGGUGAAGGUAUUGUGGAAGCAUUAGAACAGGCAGCGCAGUCAAUCAAUGAACCACGGGGAUGUUUGUUGAUCGCACAAAUGUCAUCUAAAGGUGCACUCACGGAUAAUGAAGAUUAUGUUAAAGGUUUGUGUGCAGUUCAAUGUGCGAAAAAGUAUUCGAAUUUUGUCAUUGGAUUUAUUUCGCAAUCACGUUUAACAACUGACAAUCAAUUUCUUCAUUGCACUCCAGGUAUACACUUAAAUAACACUGGUGAUCAGCUUGGUCAACAAUAUGUCACACCUCGACAAGCUAUCGACGGUCGAGGUGCGGAUAUUCUCAUUGUUGGUCGUGCUAUACUCGAUUCGAUUAAUCGAGUGAAGACCGCGGAAGAAUAUCAAGAAGAAGGAUAUCGUGUGUAUGAACAGUUACGUCAUGUUUAA